CGAGGACGAGUCCGUCGCCGCCCCCGGGGAGUCACCAGCAGACGAAGACACCGCAGACGCGCUGCACCUGCCACAGCUAUCUUUGCACAGGGCGUUGCAGAUGCUGUUUCAAGCAACCCCGGCGCGAAUGCAGCAACUGGGGAAUUCCGAAGGCGACGCAAGUGGUCCCAGCCAGGCGAAGGCAGCGACUGCUUCUGAUAGUUGGCAAACCAGAAUGAAGCAUGCGCUCUUCGAAACCAUUCCCAUGCCCGGGUUCGCGUCGUCUGCAGUGAAGUUUUUCAUUUGGCAGGCCGACAACGACAUGACUCCAAUGCUGCCGCAGAUGUUGCCGUAUAUGGAUCUGGACAGCGAGCCUGUCUUCAGAGCAAUAUGCAAAGUGGGGGAUCCGGAGCUACUGCGAAGUACUUUACUUCGAAUCUUGGAAAUUCCGGACGAGGCACAAAACCGGGACGUUCGACAGUUCAAGUUAAGCUAUGCCGCGUUUGGAAUUAUUGUCGAGACGAACGCCACACGCCAUCUGAGUCUGGAGACUUUGCUUCAGUGUCAAUCUGAAGCUGGCCUUGGCGAGUUCGAUGCAGAGGGCUUCGGGCAGGCCUUGGUUGAAGUGGUGCUUGGGUCCAGCGUUGACGUGCAGUUUGCAUCGUUGCAGAAACUCUGCUCCGUGGUGGCCUUGGUCGUUGGAGACAGUAAUGCUUUUCCCGAGGGUCCGGAACCGAUUCGAAAAUCGAGCGAUCUCAUCACCUCGGGAAAUGUAGCGAGGUGCGAUGCUAGAGCUGGUGACGUCUUCGAUUUUGUGAAAGCAGUGGCAAACGCGCUGGAGAGUCGCAAUGUCUCCGAAGAGGAGCUGCGUAAAGUGAUGCGCGUUAAUAUGGGCACUGAAAAUGGGAAGACCACGACUCCUACGGGCACACAGCACGCCGCAGUGGUCCAGCAUUUUGUAAUCUGCUACUGUGAAGAAUACACGUCGAAUUUUCUUGAGCGUGUCAAAAACACGCAGAGUCCCACGGCUUCCGAUGGUUCUUUUCCGACGCAAAACAUGGACGUGCAGUUGCGCGCGCAGGCUGCGUCUGAGCGUGAAGGGACGCUAAACUCGUCUCUGCGUGAUCAGUGGGCUGUUCCGAGGUUCAUGAUGGAACUGCCUGCACUCCUGCGGGCCUGUCUCCCUGCGCCGACUGAGCUAACGGAAAACAGCACGACGGGCGACGUUCGGGACUCUGCCACGGAAACUGGUACAGUGUGUCGUCUUCUAAACGAAGAGCGGCACGACGCCUUCGCUCGAGCAUUCGUUCAGCGUGAUUUGCUUGUUGCACUGCGGAGUACCAAAAGUGAAACGGAGAGGAAGGCGAUAUUAUCAAACGACAUCACGCAGCUCGGCAUACUGGCGGUUAUCCGUACUUUACGUGCCGACAUUCCGGAUGCUAGCCUCCGCCGUGCUACAAUCGCGAAUUUGUGGCUCGUCGCGGUAGAGAGUGGAAGCCCUGAGGUUCUGCAAAGAUUUCAAGGGUUGUUCUUCUCUGGACGCACAGAGACUGGUACUACGGAUACGAAACUCACACUGAUCCGAGCGGUUGGGCAACUUGCGCAGGUUUUCAAGGCUGUUCCUGCGAAUUCACAGCAGUGCGUCGCCCACGUCUUGAGUCUGGCGGCACGGACAUUUUGGUCUGAUCCUGGAAGCGAGCCGGCGGCGCUGCCGGAUCCGACGUCUGGGUUUCGCGAAAGAAUCGUGGCUGCUGCGACCUUGUCCCAGGACGAAAAGGAUUACUUCUGCCGAUUCAUCAAGAAAGUACUUUCUCCCGGAAGCGGUUCCGUAAGCGGGAAAGCAACGUUUCAGUUUAACAAUUUGGACCAAUGCAGAAAACAGCUGCGCCAGAAAUAUGAGAAGUUGCUUGCUCCGGAAGUGAGUGGGGAGGCCACGGGUCGUGGGAAAAAUGCUAGUAUACUUUUUUCUGUUUCGCCGAAUGUGGUAGCUGAAGCUGCGUCAUAUUUGGCGCGGCUUUCUGCUAUAAAGGCGCACCAGAAGCGACGAUCUCUGCACGAGGAAGCAAGGAUAGGGGCCGCAGCGUUCGAGAGUCGCAAAUGCGACGAGGCGGAAAGUCACGUUCCUCUACCGUCGCAGAGUCGACCUCUAAUUUUUACCGAUUUCAAAGACGUCGCGGAGCUUCGGGCAGAGGUGAAGAUUCUGAACGACACCUCGUGCGGAACCACACACACAAGCGGCCGCAGGUUGCAGCCGCCGUGUGGAUGGUGAAAUCGCCAGUUGAUUGCCUCGGGUCCAGACGCGCCACCGUCGAGGAAGUUUUUUGCUGGCCUUGCGUCCGUGCCAAUUCUGAAAACACACGAAUUAUUUUCGAUGCCCGAAAAUGAAAGAACGCAAGUACGAUUCUUGUUCGAAAUGUUGUAGCACUGGUACAUAAAGCGAAGAGACUACGAUGGCGGGAUUUUUGUCGAAGUUGUUUCCAACGCAAAAGUUUUGCAUUUAUCACAUGAAGCUCUUUC